UUUAUGUUAUCAUGUAAAUAAUAAAAAAUCAAGAUGAGAGACAAAUAAAAUAGUUCGAGAUGAGCGGGUCGGUUCUGAGCGAGGCGACCAGCUCCUCGAACUCAGAAGAAGAUGACCUAUAUACAUUUAAGGAGGAGCCCUGCUCUCCCGUGGCCGGCUACUCCUCAGGAUCACGAUUCUUCAACUCACCCGGACAUGAACAACAAUACACGGUAGAUAGCGCAAGUUCAGGUGGCACAGUCAAGACAGCCACCCCUUGCAAGGUUUGCGGCGAUAAGGCUUCUGGAUACCACUACGGCGUAACGUCCUGCGAGGGAUGUAAAGGAUUUUUCCGCCGUAGUAUCCAGAAGCAGAUUGAGUAUCGCUGUCUGCGAGACGGCAAGUGCUUAGUGAUCAGGCUUAACAGAAACCGGUGCCAAUUCUGCAGGUUCAAGAAGUGCCUUGCGGUUGGCAUGAGCCGAGACUCUGUCAGGUACGGCAGAGUUCCUAAGCGCCCACGAGAGCCCGUCGCGACAGACAGCGUGCCCGAGCCGGUGCAGGUGGCCGCGCCCAGCAGCGCGCCCGACGACAUGGACCCCAGCAGCAGCGCCAGCAUGGAAGCCAUGCGCCUCGACAUGGCCAAGGAACUGGUGAAGAUGGUGACGGCCGCGCACCGCAGCAACAACACCUACACCGAGGAGAUCAAAUCCACCCUGCAGCAGCGCACCAUCGUGCUCAGGGUAGAGGACUCCGACACCGAAGCAAGUGGAGGCGAGGAGGCAGCGACCUCCACAACAGACCGCGCGACCGACGUGCGCUCCAUCCUCUGGCACAACAUCGCGUUGCGCAUGACGCCCGCCGUGCAGCAGGUCGUCGAGUUCGCCAAGCGGCUGCCAGGCUUCCACACCCUCCCGCAGGACGACCAGCUCAUCCUCAUCAAGAUAGGGUUCUUCGAAGUCUGGCUGACUCGGAUCACGAGGCUUUCGUCUCCUGACCGCAUUGUGUUUGAUGAUGGCACCACCUUUUCCCACAAUCAGCUCGUCAUCGUUUACGAUGCUCCGUUUGCCACCGCCAUGCUGACCUACAUAUGGAAUAUAAUCAAGAUGCAGAUCACGGACGAGGAGAUGGCGAUUUUCACGAGCACGCUGCUGCUGUGCCCGCACCGCAGCGGACUCAGCGACAUCGAACGCAUCGGCAGCAUGCACCGGGCCCUCAACGACGCUCUGCAGAACAGCAUGAUAACCAACGCCGGGCCCGAAGCCAUCGCUGCUGCCCGCGCUCGCUACGAGGCGUUCUCUCAAGCUCGCAACGAGGUCCGCAUCCUGGGCACGCGUCACAACAUCCUGCUGUCGUGGUGCCGCGAACACUGGCCGCGACUUCUGCUACCCGCCCUCUUCUCCGAGAUCUUUGAUAUCCCAAAAUACGAGGAGGACGAGACCGGCGAGGCUGCAGCGAUUGCUGCUGCUUCCAUAGUCGCAGCAAGCGUGACCACCAUCGCUACCUCCGUACCUGUGGGCAUGGGUGACGGCACUCAGCAACUAGAGACUCCAAUGAAUCUUCAGGUCCCACCGGAGCUACAGGAGAUGCAGGCGCACUCGUCGCACCAGGCCCACGCCUCGCACCAGGCGCACGCCUCGCACCAGGGCCACGCUUCCCACCACGCGCACCAGGCUCACCAGACCCACCAGGCCCACGCGUCCCACCAGGCCCCUCAACUUGGUUAAAACAAUAACACGCGAAUAAUUCAAAAAUUAAAUAUAUAACAUAAUUUUAAAGCAUCAUUCAUUUAUAAAAUAAUAAAAGUAAAUAAAAUUGUUAACUAUCAAUAAUUGCAUUAGAAGGGCCAAACUAAACGGGGAAGGCGUUUGUUAAUUAGGAGUAUUAUAAUAUGAGAAUGAUAAAUAAUGUUCUAGACUGAGACAAGUUAGUGUUAAAUAACAAACGAAUGAAAUAAGAGACAUUCCACAAACUCAUAACUGCGAGGUGUAAAAAAGACAACUUAAACUGUGAUGGUGUUUGAUCCAAAUAACUUUUUGGCUUUCAAAGUGUAAAAGUAGGACUCAUAAAGGUUGACAGGAGUGAUAAAACGGCUGGAAGUGAAAAACUAUUGUAACUCUUGCACAUAACAUCAUCUAAAAGACUAUUCAGUUGAUGUGAUGAGCAGAAUACAAAGCACCUAUUCUAUCAUGUAAACUACAUGUUUAAAAAAAUAAUGUAAUCCCUAUUAGUAAAUUGAUGUAAAAAAAAGUCUUAGAUAUCCCAAAAAAUUUAGAAAUUAACAUUGGUAAAGAAAUGAGUUGUCAAAUGACUAAUUAGAUAAGUGUAGACAAAAUUAUGAUAUCAUUAGACUUUUUAACUCUUAGAAUGUAUGUUAUUGACAUGCGGAAGUUUGGUUUCAAAAUAUGAAUGUAGAGGGCAUAACCUCUUUACUACAUUCCAGCCACAUAAACAAAACCUACUGUAUGUGGUAACGUAACUCUUGUUAUAACAGACUUCCGCAAAUCUGCCAUGUGCAAUGUAUUUACUAUAAUAAGUGAAAUUAACAUAUAAGUCGGACUGUACAGUGUACGGAGUGCAGGUAUUUUAGAGAAAGUACUAUUUAGAUGCAGAAUAAUCAGCCGAUAUUUUAUUAGUGGCCCAGCCACUGCUUGUCAGGGAAAUGUAACAGAUGCGUAAGUAAUGUUAACAAGCUGAUGGCAAGAACCUGUUUGUUGCUAGCUUUGCUCCGUGGUGACAGAUGUCUGGUAAAGAUUUCAGCCCGUGGCCCAGGCCUAAACCGGUACCUACUGACUAAUGAGUAACAGCACAAACAUAUCUAGUAACUAUUUAACCAACUACUAACAUUUAUAUUAACAUAUUUCUCUAUCCAAAUUACUGUAUUCAACUGUCCAAAAACCUAAUCAUGUAAUUAUCAUUUUAAUUAAUUUCUAUCUGCUAUUAAAUAAAAGCGUGUUGAAAUAGAUGUUUUCUUUAACAACCAUGCAUUUAAAACGACCAGGGGCCUAACACUGCAUCUUGCGAUAAAAGAGACUGCGAUUUAGACCGUUCAGUGUAAUGUCUUGAUUUGGAUAACUUUUGAAGAUGUUGUUAGGCCCCAGGUCGAAAUUGGUAAGUAGUGGCUCAGAUUUCUUGCGCAACCCUAGAUGAUCUUGGGAUUGGAAACCACUUAAUUUUCCUCAGAUACCAUUAGAAUGUUCAAGUAACAACUUCUGAAUCAGGGCCACUACAUACUAUUCGCUUCAACAUUGUUAAUUUUAAGUAAAUUUAGCUUUCCACCUAUGUUAGAAUUGAACUUUGAAGUAGGUAUCUAAAUAUAUUUUGAUUUAAUUAAAGUAAUAAUUUUAAUAAAUUGAACCUACUUUUAAACGAGAAGGUAUUAUGCCACCCGAUAUGUUCAUUUUGUUUUAAUUUUAGUAAAAUGACGAAGUCGUUAUAAAUUUUAAGGAAUUUUCCGAAUUCUAUGUAGUCACUCUGCUUUUAGACUCUUCUGUUCGUGUAGGCUCUGAUCUAUCAUCUUUUACUAAUAUAUUAACUUAAAUUCUUUAUUAUCUCAUAGAUUUAUAUUUUUA